CAGAUGCAGUGGUAAGUCGUAAAUAUGUGGCCCUUUAGUUAUUGUGAAAUAGGAGCGAAAACAAUUGGGUGUAUUAUGUCUACUGAGCAUUUCUAAACUUCCCAAGUUACUUCGUGAGCAGAGCACCGCCAGCAGGUUAACAACUUGGUCUUCUUUCAGUGUUGAAGUACUGUGUCUUCGCUGUCAAAAAUGCCCAUGCCAAUUGCUGUCUUUAUGUUGUUAAUAAUAUUCAUAUUGGCGAAUACUUCGAUUGGAUAUGCCGUCUGGGGUCAGAAGAGUUCCCAUUUUCGUACGAGAGGAUAUUUUUAUGAAGAUAAACCUCACGAAGGAAGAAGAUUGAAGAGACUUCAGCACAGCGUCAGUCCGAAACCUCGGGACACCGAAAAUAAUGUUACGUUCAUUGAAGACGUGUCGGAUUAUCCUGAAAAGAUGUUAAAGGAAAUUCUUAAAAUGGAAGGAAAAGUACACAAGGACAUUUUCGGGAGAGAUUUCUUGUUUAAGGAACGUACUAUCAGCACAAGAAUAGAGCCAGAAGAAACGAAGCUCUGUCCAUCACUGGAGAAGCUGGUCUACCCAAAGUUAGCCCUGAAUACGGAUAACGACUGGAAAUACGUUGUGAACGUGGGAGAGGAAUAUGUCCAAGGCGUCAGAGUUGAGACAUGUGGCCACUUCGAGAAGUGCUCUAUGAGCGACUCCUUCCCGGCUGGUUACACCACGAAAUGUGAGCAGCAGUAUGUCUUUAGGAGACUUCUCUCUGUGGCAGACAAGGGCAAAACUGUAAUGGAUGAAUUCCGUUUUCCCUCGUGCUGUUUAUGUACCAUAAGAGGACCAUCUUAAGGCUAAGAUUUUUCCGUUUAAUUCAGCAUUUUGAGGACUUCUGGUGACUGUGGAGUGAACAGAAAUAAAUUACGUUUACGAAGAAUACAAUAUUUUGGAAUGUGACAAUUA